AUGUACAGUAGAUACCAAUCGUUACUUAAUUCUGAUUACGAACGCGACCAACAAGAACAAGAACAAAUCUCUCGUUCUUCAUACGAAUUAUAUCGUUACAAUCAUGAACCAGUAUCAACAAAUAUACUUCGUCGUGAUAUUCCACCAAUUCUUAUAUUAUUAUUUUUUCUUUUUCUUAUUAUUAUUAUUCUAUCACAAAUACUUGUUAUUCAUUCAUCACGUUAUGGAACAAAUUUUUCAGCCAUGCAAAAAAUUCAAGGAGAACUUAAACAAAUGGAUGAAAGUAUGGAACGAUUAUUAAGUGAUAAUGUUUUACCUAUAGAUAAAUGGCGUCUUUUAUUUCAUAUACAAACAUAUCUCAAUCGUUUUGAAUAUUUAUUUGAUUUAUUUAAUAAUGAAAAUAAUCAUAUAAAUAAAAAUUUUAAUCAAUCAAUAAUUCAAUCUCAUAUUAAAAAAUUUAUAAAUAAAUCAAAUGAAAUAUUAAAACAAGAACAUAAUAAUUCAUAUUUUAUAAAUAGUAUAAAACAUGUACAAAAUAGACUGGAAGAAAUGAUGGAUCCAAAUCAUAAUCUUUCUCAAGAAAAACAAAGAAAAAUUUAUUGUAAUGAACAACCUAAUCAAUUAAAAGGUCAAAUUUUGAAUGAAAAUUCUACAUUUCCUAAUAUUUCGUUAUAUGAAAUUGAAAUGAAUUAUUCCAAUGUCAGAUCAGGUGGUGGUUGGUCACCAAAACAUUGUCUUGCCCGUCAUAGAGUAGCAAUCAUUAUUCCAUAUCGUGAUCGAUUUGAACAUUUAGUAACAUUACUUUAUUAUUUACAUCCAAUAUUACAACGUCAAGAACUUGAUUAUAAAAUUUAUGUAUCCGAACAAGUUGGAAAUGGAACAUAUAAUAAAGCUGUUUUAAUGAAUGCUGCCUUUAUAUAUGCAUCUACUGAAUAUGAUUUUCAAUGUUUUGUCUUUCAUGAUGUUGAUUUAAUACCAGAAGAUGAUAGAAAUAUGUAUUCAUGUCCAAUUUUUCCAAGACAUAUGUCAGUUGCUGUUAAUGAAAUGAAUUAUAAAUUGACGUAUGAAGAACUUAUUGGUGGUGUAUUUAAUAUACGUACAGAACAUUUUUUAACUGUUAACGGUUAUAGUAAUCUAUAUUGGGGUUGGGGAGCUGAAGAUGAUGAUUUAUAUUAUCGUUUGAAAGAAAUCUCUUUGAAAGUUAUUCGUCCACCAUCAUCUAUAGCUCGAUAUAGAAUGCUUCAACAUACAAAACGUACACCAUCGAUAUGGAAUAAACGAGCUAAGCUACUUUAUUCAGCAGCUAAACGUUAUACAUGGGAUGGUGUCUCAUCAGCUCGAUAUAAUCUCACUUCUGCUAUUGCUUAUCCAUUAUUUACACAUAUUCUUGUCGAUGUUGGUGUACCACCACCUGGUUUUACUUGA